AAUAACCUUGUUGCCUUUCGGUUUGAAAUCCCUUUCGACAACUCCGAGAGAUUGGACAGAGAGGGCCAUUGUCUUCGAAGAAGAUGUUCCCUCAGCAAUGGUCGUCUCCAUGCAACAACCAAUGCACCAGCAAAUUCGCAGCUCUCACGCAGAUCCCAUGGAGAGUCUUUUGCAAGAAAGGUUGUGAUGCUGAUGGAGAGACAUGGGAAGAAUGCUUGGCAGAGUGCAACGAGAUAUGCUAUAAAGAUCCAGUUUUAAAGGACCAUCAGUGGAGUGCAUAUAUUGAUCGUUCGCCAGGAGCUGAUAAUUACUCAGUGGAAUGCUUCCAUGCUUGUGUAUCUGGAUGUGGUUACAAGUUUGGUAUACCAUCGGGGAAAGUUGAUCAAGUUCAUCCAAACAGGCCACCCAAGCCCUGCAUGGUGAAAAAACCACCACCACCUCCACCUCCUCCUACAGAACCCAUUGCUACUGAGGACAUGCCUUCAACGUCUGCAUAGAAAGAGAAUACAUUAAAUGAUACAUAUGUUUCCUGUUGACUUAAUCUUUUUAAAUAGGUUGCAGGAAUCUUCGACUUACUGAUUGCCAAUCAAGCUUGGCUCAGUUGACUUUUGUAGGUCCUUUGUGAACUUUUACCCAAAAGAAAAAUACACUCAUAACCUCCCUCCUGCCUCUGCUUCUGCUCUGUUCAUGGAGCCGUCAGUGACCUAACAUUUGGGUUUGGUUGUACUUUUGGUGCUGUCCUUGUAUUACUGAACUGUAACUUAAGCCUUCUCUGCAUCUUGUUGAUGAUGAUGCAUUUAGGCUCAUCUAUGUAUGAAUGAUAUGUUGAAAUAUUAAAUAGUGGUUCU